AUGGCACUCCAUGAAGAUGAUUCGGUGCUUGAUAAAUUGGAGUUAGCGUGUUCGGAUUUGAAAAAUCUGCUACAAACAUCGGCCAAAAUGGACGAAAGCCUAGAACAGAUGGACAAGAAGUUUGAUCGUAUAGAUGAAAUACUUUCGACUGCCUUGAGAAGAGUGGCUCCUUUACAAUCUUUGGCCAUGGCUACAAAAUCCCUCGAUACACGAAUCAACCGCGCUGUCACUCCCGCUCUUGCUCUCCUCGAUAGCUUCAGACUCUCGGAGUCUCUACAAGACAAGCUCCUCGAGCUCUCAUCCAGUCUUUCGGCCGAGGAAACACCCAGAAAAAGGCUCAAGAAACUUCUUAAAUAUCUGGACUGUGUUGAUCAGUUGAAUGUGGUCAUAAACGCGAUUAGCCAAGACGGAGAGCCGGUGAUACAAAAGCUUCAAGAAGUGGUGGAGUUCUUGAGCAUGACCAAGGCCACGGAUCAGUACAGGAUGCUAACGCUCAGAGAGACCCUGAUUACUCUCAAAGCUCUCUAUGAAACUGAGGUUGAUGCGAUGAAAUUUGAUGGGCUGCUUGAUGAGGCUCUUUUGAAUAUGCAAGACGAGUAUGAAAGCAUAUUGCUGUGUUUAAAGCAUCAAAAUAUAGGGGAGUUGCAAGUUGAUGAAGAAUCCGAGAUAGCAUCUGAUUUGGGUACAGAUCUGGAAAUUGAAGUUCUUCAACGAAUUUCUGGGACCCUGGCUGCCAAUAAUUGUUUAGACAUAUGUAUUGGCAUCUUUGUCAAGGUAUGUGAAAUGGUUCCUCUUGCAGUAUUCGACCACAAAUUCGUUGGCUUGGAAACCCAGCUCUGA